CUUCAUUUCCUGCACACCGCAGGCUUUACUCGAACAAGACCCAUCGAAUCAAAAGACCUCACGAGUCCCUCAUCCGAAAAUACCAUCCAAAACCUAAGCAAAAUGUCUUUCCUCUACUCAACAACACCUGCUCUUCGCGCCGCAGUCCGAUCCUCUGCUCUUCGACAAUCACCUCGCCUGUUCUCCACCACCCUCGUCCAGCAGAAAAGCCCGGUCGAUGCUGCCAAAGAAGGUCUGAAAAAGGUCGACCGAGCUGUCUCUGAUGCUGCUGUUGCCGGCAUCGACAAAGGAGUCGAGAUCAAAGACAAAGCUGCCUCAGUCGCAGGCAUGGAGACCAACAAAGCCGAGGGCAAGGCCGCAGAAGUCGCCGGUGAAGCCAAAGGAAAGGCCCACGAGCUCACAGGCCAGGCAAAGGGCAAAGCAGAAGAAGUCAAGGGCAAGAUGUCGUCAUGAGAGCCGGUCGCGACCAAGUUGGCAUCACUGAGUCCAAGUCAACCAUGGGAUUUAAAAGCUGGCGUUACUGUACAAUAAUCAUGAUCAUCACGUCAAUGAGAGCGUCGCCCGAACAGAUGGGCUAAGAAUACCUUAUGUAUAUUUCCAGAAUAUGCGCCACUGUGUUUCUGGCCCAACCGUGUUACCCUGCAUCAGGUUCAUCCAGGCGAGGCAUAGGCUGCAUCACCCCUGAGUUUGAGAAGUGUU